AUGUCAGCACAGGAAAACUACAACAUCUCAUCAGGGGAUAAGCACGUGGAUGAAGAACAGUCUAACCAAGACGAAUUCAUUGACGUGAAUGAAGUUGGUGAAGAGGUUUACCAUGAUGAAGCACAGGCACCACCACCAGAGGACGAGGAUGCCGACGAUAUGGACGAAGACGAGGAUCACGAGCAUGAAACUUUGGAAAUUGACAUGUCAAACAACUCAUGGUCUUAUUUUGAUAAGCAUGAGGAUAGUGUUUUCACCAUAUUUGCUCAUCCUAAAUUGCCCAUGGUUUUAACUGGUGGUGGAGAUAAUGCAGCAUAUCUUUGGACUACUCAUUCGCAACCCCCAAAGUUUGUAGGAGAGAUUGCGGGCCAUGGAGAAAGUGUUAUAUCGGGUGGCUUCACAAAGGACGGAAAGUAUCUAAUAACUGCAGAUAUGAAUGGUCUUGUGCAAGUGUUCAAAGCAACCAAAGGAGGUGAAAAGUGGAACAAAUUCGGUGAAUUGAACGAAGUGGGAGAAGUUUUGUUUGUCACUGUCCAUCCUGAGUUAAACUACUUUGCUUUCGGAGCAAACGAUGGUUCCAUAUGGGUUUAUCAAAUCGAUGAAGAGAGUAAGCAAUUGGUUCAAGUAAUGUCAGGGUUUUCCCAUACGUUGGAGUGUAAUGGUGCUGUUUUCAUUCCAGGAAAAGAUGAGAAUGAUUUGACUUUGGUUUCCAUCUCUGAGGAUGGAACUGUAGUGAAUUGGAAUUGCUUCACUGGUGCUGUCAACUAUAAGUUACAGCCACACGAUGAUUUCAAGGGGGUAGAAAGCCCUUGGGUUACCAUUAAGGACCAUGGUCAUGUGAUUGCAGUUGGUGGAAGAGAUGGGCAGUUAUCGAUUAUAAAUAACGAUACAGGAAAAAUAUUGACCUCGGUAAAGACAUUGGACAAUGUGGAGGAUGUUGCCGAGUUGUCUAUCGAAGCAUUGUGUUGGUGCAGAAACAAAAACAUCAACUUGCUUGCCGUUGGCCUCGUUUCGGGUGAUGUAUUGUUAUUUGAUACGCAACAAUGGAGAUUGAGAAAGAAUUUGAAGGUUGAUGAUGCAAUCACCAAAUUGGAGUUCAUUGAUGACACCCCCUUCUUAGUUGGAUCUUCAAUGAAUGGCAAAAUUUACAAGUGGGAUGCCCGUACAGGUGAAGAAUCAUUUGUUGGUGUCGGUCAUAACAUGGGAAUUUUGGAUUUUGCAAUCUUGGAAAAUGGUAAAAAGUUGGCAACGGCUGGUGAUGAGGGUGUUUCGUUAUUAUUUGUAACUGAAUAG